UCAUACGAAUGGUAAAAGAAUUGGAAUGGUAGUAAUCAAGAAGAAGUUAUAAUUGUUCAAUUGUUAACGCACGACGACGGAAGCAGACCAAUUGCAAAAUGUCAAAGAGUGGCUCAGAUGAUGUAAAAAUCCCUUCCAAUUUCAUGAAUAUAUUUCUCAUGUAAAAAGCUCUUCCCAUGUAUGAAUACAUUAUGAAUAAUUUCUUAUUUACACUUCAUCAGAGUGUCUACUCUGACCUAUGUCACAGUGUCAUCAGCGCUUUUCAGACUAACGAAAUGUUUAAACCUUUAAUCAUAUUAACAGUUUAUUUGCCCUCCAAAUAAUCCCUACAAGUUUACUUUGGUCAUGAAAUAUUUGUAGUGAUAUUCAUUUACGUUUAAGGUUGAAGAACUCCAAUGUCCCCUUGCGUAGACUAACAUGGAAAACGUUCUUGACAUCUUCCCUGAAUACGAAUUCCAUGGUUGCAAACGGUAAACUUAUCGUUUGAAGCUCUUAAGUGAAUGAAAUUACAUUAUUGUCGGUGGAUAAUGAUAUGAUGUACAUUUAAACUAAAUAAAUACAAAAAUCACACUAAUGAUUAUUCUAGACUUCGAGAAAAAUGUUUAAUACGUAAGUGGAAUGUAUUUAUCAACCCGAAAACUUUAGCAUCCUGGCAAAGGUGAGAGCAAAACAAAUGUGUGCAUGACACACAACAUUGAUGUAUAUCACGUGAUGCUGAGAAAUCUUAGUAAUCAUGUCAAAAGUGUCCUUAUAUAGCCUUUCUAUCUAUUGGUUAAUCUUACACGGACUGCUAAGGAAAUAACCUGAUUAUAGAGGAAUUAUUGAGUUCAGAGAGUUCUCCGAAAAAAUAGAAAACACCAGGAAACAUUUGAAAUAGUUAAUCAGUAAAAACUUUGAUUAAUAUCAUCGACUCCCGUAUCUGUUUGACCUCUGCCAGGAAAUAUAUUGGGGAACAUUAGACUACAUGUUUUAUUACGAAUAAAGACUUAAUUAGUUAAGCUGAUUAUCGGAUAUUUUUAACAAGCUUGAUACGUAUUACGUCAGCAAUCUUUCUAUGUGAAUACAAAUAUCAUGAAAACACGCACAUGAGAGUCUUUUACAUCUGUAACUAUCGGUGAAGAAUCCAACAACAAUGGAGUACUCAUUCGCAUCUUUGAUGCUGCUCUGGGGAGUGUGCACGGUUAGCGGUAUUACUGCGUACUCUCUGACAGAUGAAAAUAACUUGCAGACGGCUUUAAUGUCAGGCUACAAGACCAAUUUACGACCAGGAGCUAAUAGGUCGGUUCCUCUUGAAGUAUUCACCUCGUUUCACCUCUUUUUCGUCAAGGAAUUUGAGGAAUACAGUGGAAAGUUUACUGUAAAUGGUGUCUUUUACACAGAAUGGUACGAUGAAAGGCUUAAGUGGGAUAACAAUUCCUAUAACGGCUUAGAAAAAACUACCUUCUUUCAGACAGAAUUAUGGCUACCAAACUUCAUUAAUAUAAAUCCUUUCAAUAAAAUCUUCGGACUUGGAAGCGAUUUAAUGACAAUCGAUGUAUUUUCUACUGGACUGUGUGUUUGGAUUCCAUACCAAUCGUUUGAGGUGAUCUGCGAUGCGGAUGUGACGAAAUAUCCUUUUGAUACUCAGUUUUGUACUUUGAAUUUUUUCGUAUGGGGUCACAAAAAUGACUCUGUGAAAAUAAAUAUCACCGAUUCACAGGUGGGGUUUGCUUUGUACAAAGAACAUGGACUUUGGGAUAUUACAAAGACUAGGACGUACACAAGGACAAGCGCAUAUGGACAUGAUGAAAUCAUAGUUGGAUUGUGGUUAAAACGCAGGUCAGCAUUCUACAUCGCUUCUUUUAUCAUACCAAUGUUUUCAAUUGGUAUGCUGAUGGGAUUUGUGUUUUUUCUACCUCCAGAAGCUGGAGAACGAGUUGGUUUCAUCACGACUGUGCUGUUGAGUUAUAUUGUGUUUUUGACCAUCAUUCAAGACAAACUUCCAGAGUCUUCAGAACCAAGCGUAUCGGUGAUAAGUUACAUACUCGUCGUGUGCGUUUUGAAUGGAACCCUGACCACUGUUAUGGUCAUUCUUAGCUUGCAAAUACACCAUUCGUCCGAUGACAGCACUAUCCCGCGUUGUGUCGUCUGUUUUGUGAAACGUAGAGGAACCAGAGUCAAUAAUAUCCAGACUGUUGAAUCAAAAUCCACAGCUUUUACGGAGGAAACUACAAAUGAAGUCACGUGGUCGGACAUAGGAAAGACUUUUGAUAAAUUGUGUAUGAUUAUUUGCACAACGGGGUACGUUCUUUGCGCUGUUAUAUAUUUUUGCCUUGUAUUGACAUAAAGUUAUCUUUUGCAUAUUG